UGACGCAGAGGCGCAGACAGUGUCAGGUGUCUUUCAGGUUUCACCGAACGCUCGGCGGAAGUUCCCACAGGUUCUCAGGUCAUUGGCAGACAUGGAAAGCGGUCCAUUUGUUCGAAAGUCCUGGGUGACGCAGUCCUUGCGUGUCACAGCCAGGGAGAUGUCACUGGUUGGAGGGCGUGGGAAAAGCAACGCCAUCGCAGAACGCUUCUCCAAGUAUCAAAAAGCUGCUGAAGACGCAAGUUCUGAGAAGAAAAAAGGAUCUUUUGAGGGUGGAACAACGUCCCUGCGCUCUGGCAACCUGAGUGCUCUGAAGAAGCGCUGGGAGCAAGCAGGAAACAAAGAUCAGGAUAAAGCGCCCUCUGUUCCACCUCCAAGUCGCUCCGGCAUCCUCCGCAGACAUUCAGCCCUGGUCAAGCCCGCUCCGAUCCAAGAAGUGCCCCCUCCUCCAGUAACCAGUCCCAUCCCGCUGACCGAUCAGGACGAUCAGCACGCAGCCAGCCGAGUCCAACAGCCUUCUGCCGCUGCGGAGGGUAAAGACCAGAGCGGGAUGGAUCGGGAUGAGCUAACCUGCAGAAAAACGCAUGAGAAGGUUGAAGAAGUUUCCAGCAGUCUGUGUGCAAGUUCUGAAAAACCCCAAGUGCCACUAAACAAGAUGAAGAUGAAGUUUGAGAGGAGAGAGGACUUCACGAGCAAGGCCGGCAGGUCCGUGAUACGAAGCACUUCAUCUGAGGACAUGGAGGAACCCAGCAGUCCGUUGGACAGAUCACAAGGCUCUUCAUCCCUGAGGGAGAAGGUGGCCAAGUACCAGUCUGCUGAAGAGGACGCCGCUCAUUCUGUUCCUAAACCAUCAGCACAGGUCCAUGAGAAGGACACCACCACCCCCGAGUGCAACGGGAAGAGUGCUGAGCCACCUAAAGCAACCAGGAAGUUUCGUCUACCAGCGAUGGAAACGUGCGUUGCUUGCCAGAAGACUGUGUACCCACUGGAGAGACUGAUGGUCCAUGAGCACAUUUACCACAAAAAGUGCUUCUGCUGUUCUCACUGCAACUCCAAGCUGAGUCUUUGGAACUAUGCUUCGCUCCGUAACAACAUCUACUGUAAGCCCCAUUUCAACCAGCUGUUCAAAGCCAAAGGGAACUACGAUGAAGGCUUCGGUCACCGUCCUCAUAAAGAGCUGUGGGAGCCGCGAGCAGAUGGAGAUGAAUGCGAAGAGGAGCUGAAGCCAAGAGAGCAACCAGAAAUGGUAAAAAGUCUUGUUGAAAAUACCCCUGAUGUGCAGCCCGCUUCAAAUGGGGAAACUUCUCCAUCGGUGAAGGUUACAGACCUCACUGCCUUGCUGGAGAACCGCAGGCAGAAAAACGAGCCCUCUGCAGAGAAACAUCAGCCGGCUGCCGAGACCCACCGGCUGAGGAUCGCAUGGCCUCCUCCGGCUGGAGAGGGCCACUCUGCGUCACAGCUGAGCCCAGUCUCUGAGGGGCUUCCUUCAAGCCGGAUCAGGAUAGGCAAGUGGCCUCCUGAGGAUGACGUGCAGCCGUCGUACCAGAGCUUGGAGCGAGCCGAGCUGACGAGCCUGAGGAGGAGCACCUCUCUAAAGGAGCGCAGCCGGCCGUUUACACUCACAGCUAAUCCUACCCUCAAAACCACCACCGCUCCGGGGCCCAGAGAGCUCCGCCGCCCUCUUAAAUCACUGCUGGAAUGGAAAAAAUCAUUUGAGGAAAAACAGUCAUUUGAAGGAAGGUCCAACGAGGUUCAGCCGGAGAAGGAAGAGACGAAAAAGCCUCAAACACCAAAUGAAGCUGCAGCGAAGGAAAGGGAGACGGAGAGUCUGCCCAAACAGCAGGAGGGACGAUGUCGACAAACACGAGAGCGCGAUGUGGCAGCAGAGGAGGGAAAAGAGAGCCUUUCUCCUCACACUCCUCCUCCAUCUUCUCCUGUGCAGCCGAAAGAGAACCGGACCUCCCAGGACGUGGGCUUCUGGGAGGAGGACAAAGACGACGAUGCUGAAGAUCUGAGUGCCGAGGACAUCAUCAAGAGGAAUCGCUAUUAUGAAGACGAGGAUGACGAGGACUCGAUAGUGUAGGACUUUCACAUCCAAACCCCACAAAGCAUCUUCCGGUUUCAUUGUCAGCUGUAGGUGGAUCAGUAGUUGAGCUUUGCCUGACUUUGAGUCUGUGUACACAUUUUACUGUUUUUUAUACACAUUUUAAUCUUUUUCUUCUACAAGCGCCUUGUAAAUGGCUAUACUGAAAGAUAAACCUCUCAAAUUGCAUCAUUGGAGCUUUAAGCUCGUCUUUUGAAGACGAGGCGGUCUUUGUGACCUUUUCAAAUGGAGAAAAGGACUAAAAGUCAGAUAAAUGAUUAAGUUUAGGAUUUUAGCUCAGCUUUUAAGAAAUGCGUCUGAGUGUUGUCCUCUCAGGGA